CAUAUAUACAAACUCAGUUCCUUUUCUAUUUUGUUUAUUUCCUUCUAAGAAACAUAUCUCUCAUGGCGAUGUCAUUCUCAGGGGCUGUUCUCAGUGGCAUGGGUUCUUCUUUCCACAGCGGAGUAACCAAGCAGAGUAGCGUUGGCGCCGUCGGAGUUGGCCGGAAGAGUGAACUCGUCGUCGUUGCUCAGCGCAAGAAGUCGUUGAUAUACGCCGUCAAAGGUGACGGCAACAUCCUUGAUGACCUUAACGAAGCCACAAAGAAAGCUUCGGAUUUCAUGACGGAGAAGACAAAGGAAGCUUUGGUGGAUGGUGAGAAAGCAAAAGACUACGUUGUUGAGAAAACCAUCGAAGCCAAUGAUACGGCGACAGAGGAAGCAAAGAAAGCUUUUGAUUAUGUGACGGAGAAAGGCAAAGAAGCCGGAAACAAGGCGGCUGAGUUCGUAGAGGGUAAAGCUGGAGAGGCUAAGGAUGCCACCAAGUAGCUAGGCAUUUAACCACUCUCUUGUUAUAUUAUUGAUAACAUCACUUUGUUUUUAUUUUUGUUCUUCGCCAUUAAUCGAAUUGAGGAUCUGUUAAUUACUCAACAUAGCUCAUUAAGUUCUUAUCA